AUGGUCCAUUUUAUACUUAAUACCAUUCAAAACGGUGUUUCUUCCUCACCCCCCAGUCACCUGUGUCUCAUCUUUCCUAAGUUUCAAACACACAUGUCAGAACACGCUUGCUUCACAAUAGAGGACGAGUUGGUACCUGAAGUUGCAGACGAGCUUCUCAAUUCCCAACUUGACGGAUUCGAGGACCUAGACGCAAGGAGCGUUAACUAUGUCGAGUAUGGUUUUAACAAUGACAAGGAUGACAAGAAAGACAACAGUGGUAACAACAGAGACAUUUGCACUUAUUCACAUGUACAUGCACAUCCACAACGACAACGUACAUACUCUUCACUGAGAUUGAGAGAAUGGACCCCACGAUAUUAUCCGCCACUCAACUUCGGUCUCGUCGAGACGGGCCUCUACCGGAGUGGCCAUCCGCAGCCCGUGAACUUCCCCUUCUUGGAAUCGUUGAAUCUUAAAACCAUCAUUUACGUUGGAGAGAAAACAGACAACUACGACUAUUACCGCUGGCUGCGCCACAACGGUAUCCGCCUUGUGCACGUGCCUCUCUCGGGCACGUGCCGUGGCGCAGCCGACGAAGAUGAACGAUCUUGUUCACUUAAUGAUGCGCUGAGCCAUGUUCUCUCAAUUGUGGUGCGUGCAGAGAAUGCACCUAUACUUAUCCAUUCAAACAAGGGGAAACAUCGUGUUGGAGUCGCAGUCGCGGCAGUGAGAGCACGUCUUCAAGGAUGGGUGCUUGCUGCCGUCUAUGAUGAAUAUGCAAGAUACGCCAGAGAACAUCCAACUUGGGAAAUGGAGGCAGUGGAGUUUUAUCAAGGACCAGUGUUUGUGAAAAGAGGUGAUACAGCUCCAUUUGUACGUAAUAUUACAAAUACGAUUAUUUCAGAAUAG